GUCAGGAUGCGUUUAAAGACCGGUACCGGUCCACCUGCGGCCCACCUGACACCGUAACCCCAGUAUACUUCAGGGUCCCAGAGGAGACAGCACCUGCUCCUUUUCACACGACCUUAAAAUGCUCAUGGCGGCUGCUGACAUUGGCGGAUUAACGAGUUUACCGGCGGUUCACCGACACUACGGUGCCCGGUUUCUCCUUAUGGAGGGAUGUGAACGGCGGCAACAGGCGACCACGGCAACGACCGACGAUUUUUAACGUUUUUUCUUUUCCGGUUUUCUUGCGGUGACUGUUGAGAGCAAGCUAACGUUAGCUAGCUAAAACGGGAUGAUCGGCUGCGGCAGCUCGGCCCGCAGCCGCUCCGGACGUCCUCUGACCGCCACAUAGCAUCAGAGGAAACAUUAUUUGAAUCUCAAACAGCUUCAUUUAGUAUUUGCCCCUGUACUGAGCACCGAGUCCGUAAAUUCCGAACUAAGGGAGACCUUUGUGGAUUAUUCCGCCUCCAAUAAAUACCUCCUGAGCGAUGUGGACAUCACGAUCCAGAACCAAGAGAGGCUGACCGUCGAAUAGCAUCAGAAAAACACCGGUCUUAAAAUGGAAGCGGAUUAAUUUAGUAUUCUCCCCACUUCUGCCCGUCAAAUCCGUGUACUCUGGAUCAAAGGAGACCUGUGAGCAAUUCGGAACCCUCCUGCCGAACGAUGGGGACCCGAGGUCCGGAAUAGAAGCGGAUCCAGGAUGGAGAGAAGCUGACCCCGCCGAAUAGCGUCAGAAAAGUCGCACCUUUUAAACUCAAACAGCUUUACUUAGUUUUUCUUUUCUUUUGAACGUCGACUCCGCAUGUUUCGGACCAAAGGAGACCUUUCUGGAUAAUUGGGCCUCCGGUAAAAAUCCUGAACGAUGUGGACUCAGGGAUCGGGUAGGAAGAGGAUCCCGAACCGGGAGAAGCUGACCGCCGAGGAUGAUGCCCUCAACCAGAUCGCACGGGAGGCGGAGGCGAGGCUGGCGGCAAAGCGAGCGGCGAGAGCCGAGGCCCGAGAGAUCAGGAUGAAGGAGCUGGAACGACAACAGAAGGAGAUCUCAGAUGAUGAGGAGAGGAUGUCUGUGGGGAGUCGAGGCAGCCUCAGGGUGGAGGAGAGACCUGACAGAGAUUUCCUGGAUAAAGGUUCCAGGACAGCUUCGACCCUGUCGGCCGCCACGCUCGCCUCUCUCGGCGGAGCUUCGUCUCGCAGAGGAAGCUGUGACACGUCAUUCUCCGUGGAAACAGAGGCGUCCAUCAGAGAAAUCAAGGACUCCCUGGCGGAGGCCGAGGAGAAGUACCGUAAAGCGAUGGUCUCUAACGCUCAGCUUCACAACGAGAAGUCGACGCUGAUGUAUCAGGUGGACACUCUGAGGGAGGAGCUGAGCGACAUGGAGGAGGUUCUAUGGGAGGCACGGCGACACUGCGACGACACCACAAAGGAGUUUGAGCGUGAGCGUCAGGCUCGCAGUGUUCUUCAGUUCCAGUUUGAAGAGAUGAAGGAAACCCUGAGGCAGACUGAAGAGCUGCUGACGGAGGUGUCUGACCUGCGGCUGAAGAGCAGCAGUUAUUGUCAGGAGGUUUCUGACCUACAGGAAGCUCUGCAGUGGAAGGAGAAGAAGAUCGGGGCGUUAGAGAGGCAGAGAGAAAUCUCCGACAUCGUUCGGAUCGAACGAGACCGACUCAGAGGGGAAGUGAUCCGACUCAGAGAUUUACUGAAGAAGCACGGCGGCAUCGUCUCGUCUGAAAUCACCACCAAUGGGGAAGCGGGACAGGGCGCGGCCGAGGAUGAUUUCAGCGCAGAAUCGUCUCAUGGCGGCAGAGAGAGCACGCUCGGGAAAGUUCGAGAGUGGCAGCCAGCAGAGGGCAGCAAACUCUCACAGGACUACGUGAAGUACAAUCGCUGGAGGAUUUAUAAACGGUCCCAGUCCCUGAACGUCGUCUCCGUCGAUGAACAAACCAAACCCGACACUUUAAAACAAGUGAAGAGGGCGGAUGAACUGGCCAGAGAAACACAAGACAGAACAGAAAAACACCCAGGCAGAAACAAAAGUGCAAGAAAACUACCCAGAAACAGUGGAAGUGAAAAGGAUCUGACCAAGAAAUUUACAACCAGACAGGAAGGGGAUCUUUUUUUUAGAAAAGAGGGGACCAAAAAACAACUUGUGAAAAAUGACAGACAAGAGGUGAGGAAGGUAGAAACCAAACAAAAUCAACCAGGAUCUAAAGCUGCGCAACUGGUAACGGAGGAUCAGGCUUUGAAAGGCAGAACCAAACCUGAAUCUGAACCAAGCUCAGAGGAAAAGGAGUUUAGAGUAGAUAUAUCUGCAGUAUUGCACCGGGAUGUCCUUGCGGUGGAAGAGGAGUGCUCCUUUGAUGACAGAAACUGCAAAAUUCAAACAAAUCUGGGAGGAACUCGGCCUUUAGCAUGUCAGCUUGAAGGUCAGGCAAAGGAGGUGGUUUCAACUGUUCGCAGAGCUUCGACCGAAAAAGUCCUCAGGUCAAGACUUGUUCCACCUCGAUCUGUAAAAGACAUUAUCCUGAACAAAAAGGCGAUUGUGUCAAGUAUCUCGGCUGCUGGCAAACCAAACUCUCUGACUCAGGAGAAACCAAAACAAGAUGUCACACGGGUUGUAGGAAAUGUGACUUCUGCUUCUGACAGGGAUUUUGCACAGAAGUGUUCAUCUGCUGUUGAUAUAAGUUUCCAGAAUCAAGAGAAAGAUGUAAAAACAAGCACGAAUGGACGAUGUUCACAAAGGGAAGUACUGCCUGAUAUUCCAGCUCUGUGCGCAAAAGAAAAUAAAAUAAAUGAGAUUAGUACACCAACAUCAGUGAACGGCUUGAAAGAGAAUGAAUUUGUUGACGAGUUGUCUGAGAUUGAGGUUUCCGAGAAUUUGGGAUGCACCCUAAAUGAAGGCAAUGCCUUUGAGAAUGAGGGUGAUUUUAGUUGCUCUUGUGUUUCUGAAGGCCUAAGCUAUGAAACCAAAGUGAAAACCUCAGAGCUUGAUGCAUAUGUACGAGCAGAGGAGGCAGUUAUUGGAGAGAGACUGAGUACACUUGAGGAACUCAUGAAGCAGAGGAUUUAUGAAGAAGAACCAGGUAGAGAGGCUGUUCAGAUUCAGAAAAUGAUUCAAGACAUUUCCUUUGAAUGUAAAGAACAGACGAAAACACCAAAGUUAUCAACGGUGUCACCGUUUGUCCCCAGUGAGAUGUUGAAGACAAUUCAAAGCCUGGUGAGAGCGUUUGUUGAAAAUCAAGGUUUUGUAGCUGAGAUCUCAAGAAUUGUUCCAGAAAUACCAAGAUCUCUGAAUCGGUGGAUUUCAGAAUUGGAAGAUGUGCUAAAGAAUGCUGCAGGAAAUGUGGAUCAGCAUGAUACAGAUUACCAAGAAUCACCGAGCCAAAUGAAACUCACUUCAGAGAGUGAACUGCCUUUGAAGGACUUACCAGAAGGAAGUAAAACCCCAGAAGAUCCUGAAGAUGUGGAAGAAAGUACCGCUGGACAUUCUACAACACUAAAGGACGGUUCAGUCCCCGGGAUUUUGGAAGUACCAUUGCUGGCGGUACAAACUUAUGAUGUCUUUGUGGACUCAUCUGGGUCCAGAAGUAAAGGUGGUGAAGACAUUCAGGAUCUCCGAGAGAGAGAUGACCGAGAAGCUACAGAUAAUACCUUAGAGGGAGUAUCUAGCACAUGUAGCUCUGAGGUGGAAGUUGUUGAAUCCUCUCAAGAAGGAAAGUCUGGGGUGAAGUCUGACGAAAAGCAAAGUGAGAGUGAUGCGAAGGUGACAAACUGCUGCCAGGAUUUCGUUAUUGUCAAGUCCUACUUUGCUGAACCUGUCUCACUGACCAGAGUGGUGGCUUCUGCAUUAGAUCAGGGUUUGGUAGAUGUAUCAAAAAAUCCAAAGACACUCAAAAGGAUCAGUGUUGUUGACAAUCAGGGAGCAGAAGUCGUCGCUAAAACAAAUGAACAAAGACCGAUUGUUGAUAAAAAUCAAAGCUGCCUUGUUGGUCCUGUCGAAGAUCCAAAGGAUAUACAACUCAAAAGACAUCGAACAUUAUCAGCAAACUCUUACGUUGAUCAAAGUUCAAAGAUCAGAAGGCUUAUAGAAAUAACUGCAGAUGAAAUCGAGGCGAUGGCCGUUCCAGAACUGGCUUUGAUGAGCCUACGAGAGGGGAGAAUCCUUGAGGAUCGACAGAUUCAAGCCUCACAAGGAUCGAAUACCGACGAUCUGGAGGACAUGUUGGUUGAAGACAUGGACAGCUGCGAGGAGGCCGACGAGACGGCAGUGGCACAACAACCAGCAAUGCACCAACCGUGUCAACCAGUGACGGAGGUCGUUGUGGAAGACGUAAAGGUGGUUACAGUGGCGAGCAGCAUGAAACACCUGAGAGGAGUCGGUUUGGACAACAGGAAAGACGAGCACAAAACUGAGUGCCAGAUUUCAUAGAUUCCCAAGAAUGAAGUCAAAGCUGAUGUUUGGUUUCCAGUGAUUUUAACCAGGAUGUCGGUGCUUUUGAACCAGUGUCAAAGAAGUUCUUUGAGACUUUAAUGAUAUUAUGACAUUUAAAAAUCAAUAAAACGUCUGCGCUGAGCAAACAAAUAAAAUGAUGUGAGUUGAAUCGUGUAAUUGUAAACCCUCAUUUCUU